AUAGAUUGCGAUCUUUCAUGGAAGAAUAUCCAUACUAACAAAUUCUCAUCUCUCCAGCUGAACAAUGAGAGAGUCUACACUCCAGUGCAGAACCGACUGCCAGGCAUGUCCAUCGGAAAUGUUGGCAGAUUUAUAGUAGUGGAAACUGACUUUGGUGUGAUAGUGAAAUAUGAUGGCAAUCACCAUCUGGAAAUCACCCUCCCACGCUCUUAUUUCUCACAGGUGCAUGGCAUGUGUGGCAAUUUCAAUGGUAAUCGUGAAGAUGAUCUGUCCUUGACCAAUGGUACAGUUGUCACUGCCCCAGAGUUUGGAAACAGCUGGGAAGUGGAGACAGACAGUGAUAAAGGUUGUUUGCCAGACUUAAGAGAAGAUGAUGAUCCUCCUUGCACUGCUGAGAAUCAACAAGUCAUUGAAAGACAGUGCAAUGUUCUAAAAUCAGACAAAUUCAAAGUAUGCCAUAGUCUAGUCAACCCUGACGACUUCAUAGAGAUCUGCAUCUAUGAUAUGUGCCAGUAUGAUGGUAUGAAGUCUGCUCUCUGCGACAUAGUUCAAGUCUAUGUGGACACCUGCAAGAAUUAUGGAAUCACCAUUAAAUGGAGAAAUAGCACAUUCUGCCCAUUGCCCUGUCCAUCCCGGACCCACUACACAGACUGUGUCUCAGCCUGCCCAUCAACAUGCAGUGACAUUUUUGCCUCUUCCCUUUGUGAGAAGACAGAAGAGUGCACAGAGGGCUGUGAAUGUGACGAUCACUAUGUGCUCAGCAAUGGCAACUGUGUGCCUCUCAGCAGCUGUGGCUGCAGGGAUGAUGACAACAAUUACUACAGCGCUGGGGAGACAUGGAUAACUCCACACUGCACCAAAAGAUGCCAGUGCCAGAAGAACGGUGUCAUCAGUUGUAAGAGCUAUAGCUGUGAUUCUAGAGAAACCUGCGUGGUCAAAGAUGGAAAACACAAGUGCAAUCCAACAGCUUUUGGAAGAUGCCAGGUCAUGGGUGACCCACACUACAUCACCUUUGAUGGGCUGGUGCACCACUUUCAAGGGAAAUACACGUAUAUUCUGGCUCAGACCAUCCCUGACCUACCUGACACUCUGACACAGUUCAGCAUUGAAGGCACCAACUAUCCUUUACGUGGAAGUCGACACAUUACUUACCUGAAAGAGAUGCUCAUCAAUGUUUACAACCACACAGUGAGAUUCAGGCAGAACAAGCAGGUUCUGCUAUGA